UGAUUUCGUCCGUUGAUCUGUUUUGUAUAGCGAGCAUUGCAUUUGAAAACAGAGUUAAAAACAAGAGCAAAAAUAAAACUAAAUCAAAAUGCUGCAAAAUGAUGCGGUUCGCACUCUGCAAUAUGACAGUGAAAUACGAGUGGCCCAAACACCCAGUCCCACCGAACCCCGAGUUUUUGACUCACAAAUCAGCAUAACUGCCCAGCCGCGACCAACAUCAGAGGCUCCGCGCAUUCCAUUACCCAUUUCUACGGUUGCAGGCAGUCGCACUUUUAUACCCUUGGCUGGCUACGAUUGUCUCGCGGACCUGCCCUCGGUGCACAUUGAGCAAACCUUCGAGUUGAAUGAUUCACUCACAGCCGUCUCGUCGGAGAAUCGCUAUGUGGUUCGUUCGCCGCUCGGUGAUGCCAUCUUUGCUGCCUCCGAGAGCUCCACAGAGAAGAACCGCAUGAUUUGGGGCGCCGGUCGGCCAUUCCAGAUGCAUCUACUGGACAAAACACAUCAGGAGGCUUUGGUAUUUCGCCGGAAACUGGCAAUGGGUUCGCUUUGCUGUCAGCCCAAAAAUCUGGAAAUUUGGAUACCGCCCGGCAAUGUGCUGGGUCGUGUGGUGCAAUCCCCCACAUUUACACAACCCGAGUUUUACAUUGAAGACGGCAACACCAAUCAGCCCCUGUUCUGUGUCGAAGGUCCGGCGAAUUCCGGAUUGUGGUGCUUUUGCCUACCAAACGAUUGCUACUUUAAGAUUCACUCGGGUGGUGAUCUGCGCGCCUCCAUAGACCACAAGUGGUUGGCCAGCAAAUCGCAGUACACCACAAACAUAUACUUCAGCGACGCCAGGCUAACGUCCAAGGAGCGUGCCCUAAUCCUGGGCACCGCAUUUCUGCUGGAAUAUAUGUACUUUCAAAGGCGCUCCUAAGUCUGGCCCAAGUGGAACAACAAACCAACUACAAAAUUGAUGUUUUCACAUUGAUUUUUGUUUAUUUUUUGCGUCAUUCUUUUUUUGUUGUUGUUUUUUUUUUGUGGUUGUUUUUGUAAAGUUUUCAUGCUCAGUUUUUGAUAUAUUUUACAUUAAUGUAAUAAAUCACUUCAUUUCA